GUUGUCGUUUUAUAGCAAGCCCAGGUCAUAGCAGAGUCUGUGGACUUCAAGGUUGGGGUGCAUUGUGGUGGCAGCAAGCAUCUGAAGAGCCAUUCUGACUGGGAGAAAGAGAUUUCAAACAUGGAGGUUCUUGUUAUGACGCCGCAAAUUCUUCUGCAGAACUUACAACACUGUUUCAUCAAGAUGGAUCACAUUUCCCUUCUAAUAUUUGAUGAGUGUCACCACGCUCAAGUGAAAAGCAGUCAUCCCUAUGCACAAAUCAUGAAGGUGUUCUAUGAAACAAAUGGUUCAAAACUUCCUCGUAUAUUUGGAAUGACUGCAUCUCCAGUUGUAGGCAAAGGAGCUUUUCAGAAAGAGAAUCUAGCAAAGAGCAUAAAUGGCCUCGAAACUUUGCUCAAUGCCAAGGUUUAUUCAGUGGAAAACAACGACGAGCUGGAUAGUUUUGUAGCAUCUCCCAUUGUCAGGGUAUAUUAUUAUGGCUCAGCUACGAAUGAUGAUGCAUCUUGCUCAAACCUGGGAGUAUACCAAAAUAAGCUAGAGGAAAUCAAGCGGCAGUGCGUAGUAUCGCUAAAAGGAAAAACAGAUAACACUCAGAGUCAUCAGAGCCUCAUGAACAUGAAAAAACUUCUCAAGAGAACACAUGACAAUAUAAUUUCCACUUUGGAGAGCCUCGGCCUCUGGGGAGCACUUCAGGCUACUAGAAUUCUACUGAACAGUGAUCAUAGCGCGAGAGAGGAGCUAAUGGGAGAGAACCAAAUGUCCAAUGAUCAUUCUCCCUGCGAUAUGUACCUUUCUCUGGCUGCAAGAGCCCUCUCUUCUGAUUUUGUUGAGGAUGAGGUUGUAUCCAAAUUGUCCAGUGUAGAGGUUUUAAAGGAUCCAUUUUUCUCUAGAAAGCUUCUACGGUUGAUUGGAAUUCUUUCCUCAUUCAGGUUACAGCCAAACAUGAAGUGUAUAAUAUUUGUCAACCGGAUUGUGAUUGCAAGGUCUUUGACAUGCAUACUAAAGAACCUGACAUUUCUAAGUUCUUGGAAAUCUGAUUUCCUCGUCGGGGUCAACUGUGGACUGAAAAGCAUCUCGAGAAAUAGUAUGAACGCGAUACUUGAAAGGUUCAGAUCUGGGGAGCUGAAUCUUUUGGUCGCCACUAAAGUUGGUGAAGAAGGCCUUGAUAUCCAAACGUGCUGUCUCGUGAUACGUUUUGAUCUUCCAGAAACCGUUUCCAGUUUCAUCCAAUCAAGAGGCCGUGCUCGAAUGCCUCAGUCUGAAUAUGCGUUCUUAGUGAACAGGGCCAGCCAGAAAGAAAUGGAUUUGAUUAAAAAUUUUAAAAACGACGAAGAUCAAAUGAAUGAGGAAAUUACUGCCAGAACGACAAAGGAUACCUUUCCUAGACUUGAUGAGAAGAUCUACAGAGUUGAUCAAACAAGGGCUUCAGUCAGUGCUGGAUCUAGCAUUGCCCUACUAUACCGUUAUUGUUCCAAGCUUCCACACGAUGAGUUUUUUCUCCCCAAGCCCGAGUUCUUUUUUGUCGAUGAUUUAAGUGGAACCAUUUGUCACUUAGUUUUACCUUCCAAUGCUCCUUUCCACAAAAUUGUCAGCUUGCCUCAACCUUCUAGUGAAGCUGCUAAGAAGGAUGCUUGUCUGAAGGCGGUGGGAGAGUUGCACAAACUGGGUGUACUUAAUGCAUUUUUGUUGCCAGAGUCCAACGAUGAGAUCGAGGACGAAUUUAUAGACGAUGCUUCUGAUUCAGAUAGUAUUGAAGGUCAAGAAAGAUCCCGUAAUGAGCUAUACGAAAUGCUGGUUCCUUCCUUAUUUAAACAAAAAUGGGAUAAUUCAAUGGAUUGUGUGGGUCUUCAUUCUUAUUAUAUAAAGUUUGUGCCUGUUCCUGAGGAUAGAGCCUACAGAAAUUUCGGUCUCUUCAUAAAGUCGCCUCUCCCAUUGGAGGGUGAGGGAAUGGAACUUGACCUUCACCUUGCCCAUCAUAGAUCUGUUUAUGUGAAUCUUCUUGCAAGAGGAAUCACCGAGUUCAACAGCGAUGAGAUACGGCUGGCGGAGCUUUUUCAGGAGGUUGCACUGAAAGCUAUUCUUGAACGGCAAGAGCUCAUUCCAGAAUUCGUUCCUCUAGGAAUAUCGGAUUCCUCUUUAACGAGUAUCUCUACCUUCUACCUUCUGCUUCCAAUUAAUGUGCAUGCUACUAGAAGACCUAUAAGUGUAGAUUGGGUGACUAUCAAAAAAUGUAUGUCAUCUCCAAUCUUCAAGGCUCCAUCUGAUCUUGUAGAAGAUGUAGUUCCUCCACCAGGGUUACAUGUAAAUCUUGCAAAUGGGUUUUGGAGUAUUAAUGACGUGAAGAACAGUUUGGUUUUUGCUAUACACGACAAGCUAUUUUACUUCGUUUCUGAUGUUUUCCGUGAAAGAAAUGGUCACAGCCGAUUUAGAGAAAGCAACGAAAGCCAUGCGGAGAGGGUUCGUAAAAAGUAUGGCAUUGAACUCAAGCGCCCGAAUCAACCUCUCCUACUCGCGAAACCAGUUUUUCAUCUACGGAACUUACUUCACAAUCGGAAAAUGAGGAAUUUGGGACCGCAUGAACUUGAGGAAUACUUCAUCGAGAUUCCUCCUGAGCUUUGUCAAUUGAAGAUAAAAGGAUUUUCUAAAGACAUUGGAAGUUCAUUAUCUUUGCUACCAUCAGUCAUGCAUCGUUUGGAGAAUUUACUCGUAGCGAUUGAACUGAGAGAUAUGCUUUCUGCUUCAAUUCCCGAGGCCGCUGAAGUUGCUGGUCACAGAGUACUCGAGGCACUUACGACCGAAAAAUGCCAGGAACGAUUUUCUCUCGAAAGGCUCGAGGUUCUCGGCGACGCAUUUCUGAAAUUUGUCGUCAGCCGGCGGCUUUUCCUACUCUAUCCUAACCUUGACGAGGGAGAACUAACUCGGAGACGCUCUAAUAUUAUUAAAAAUCGCAACUUAUUCAACCUUGCAAUUAGGAGCAAUCUUCAGGUUUACAUUCGUGACCAACCCUUCGAUCCUUGUCAGUUCUUUGCUUUUGGCCAUCCAUGCAAAGUAGCCUGUGAUAAUCGAGCUGCAAAAGAAAUACAUUCUUUGCACGGAGAUCUUGCACGUGUGGACCCGAGUGUUGAUGAAAUCCGAUGCAGUAAAGGCCAUUGUAUCUUACACAAGAAAACUAUAGCCGAUGUGGUCGAGGCUCUUAUCGGGGCGUUUUUAGUUGACACUGGCUUCAAAGGCGCAAUUGCAUUUCUUAGAUGGAUCGGGAUAGAUGUCGGGUUUGAACCCGUGCAAGUAAUUGAUGCUUGCGUCAAAACGAAAAUCUUCACGCCGCUGUCCGCCGACAUCGAUUUGCCUGCCCUCGAGGGCCUUCUUGGUUAUAAGUUUUUCCACAAAGGUUUACUUCUCCAAGCCUUUGUCCAUCCGUCUUACAACCGCCAUGGAGGAGGCUGUUACCAGAGAUUAGAGUUUCUCGGGGAUGCUGUUCUCGACUACUUGAUCACGUCCUAUUACUUCACGGUCUAUCCGAAUCUGAAACCCGGUGAACUGACAGAUUUGCGAUCACUCUCAGUAAAUAACAAGGCAUUUGCUAAUGUUGCCGUCGGUCUUUCGCUGGACAGAAUUCUUUUUUGCGACAACGAUUUUCUCCGUCGAGCUAUAAAAGAUUAUACUGAUUUCUUGACUAUGUCACCACCAGCAAGUGGACUAUCUGAAGCUCCUAAAUGUCCAAAGGUCCUCGGCGACUUGGUCGAAUCUUGUUUCGGGGCUAUGCUUCUAGACUCAGGGCUCAACUUGAACAAAGCUUGGACAAUGAUGCUAUCACUUCUAGAUCCAGUAAAAAUCACAUCAAACUUGCAACUCUGUCCCAUUCGGGCGCUGCUUGAACUUACCCAGUCCCGGAAAUGGGAUAAAGAAACUUCGGUGACGAAAGUGAAUGGCGGUUUUUCUGUUACAAUAAAACUGACAAAGGAGGAUUCCAGCUUUAUUGCUUCUGCGAUCGGUCGAAGCAAAAAAGAAGGCACGAGAAAGGCUUCAGAGAUUGUUGUUAUGGAGCUGAAGGCUCAUGGCUACAUCACAGCAACUAACCCGUUGGAGAAAGUUUUGAAGGAUAGCAGCAGAAUGGAAGCUGAAUUGAUUGGAUACGAUGAAGAACCUGUAGAUGUUACGGAUUUUGAUGUCAUCAAAUUUGGAAAUCUGAAUUUGGAAGAAUCUUUUCAAAGUUAUCCCGUCGUGACAGAGACCAAGGCUGAUGAAGCAGGUUCCUCGUAUCGCAUUAAACCAGUUAUCACCGGGAAGUUGUCUGAAACAAGAGAACGUCUUUCUGAACAAACUGUCAGUGAAGUAAGUAUGCCGAAAACUUCAGAAACUAAAGGUGGAUCAAAUAACAAAACAGCAAGAUCCCUCCUGCACGAAAUAUGCGUUGCCCAUUGCUGGAAAUCACCCGAUUUCCAAUGUUGCGAGGAGGAAGGUCCUGGCCACUUGAAAUCAUUCGUGUACAAGGUUAUCAUAGUAAUAGAAGACACCCCUGAUAUGACAUUGGAGUGCUAUGGUGCAGCCAAACCGACCAAGAAAGGCGCAGCUGAGCACGCUGCUGAAGCGGCAAUAUGGUACCUUGAACAUGCUGGAUACCUUCACUGAUCUUCGGUUCUGAUAUUUUUGGCCAAGUAAUAAGGAAGAUAGAUGGGUUUCGGGUAUAUAUAGCUCGUGUAUUUGGAACUGCAUUUCACUGUGAUGAUAUGCAUAUGAACCGUGUUCUUACUACAAAAACUCUAGACCUUGAGCGUUUUGGGCUGUUUUUUUUUUGGAUCAGGAAUUGCAGUAACAGAAAUAAAAUGCAAGUGGAUUGUUUUUCUUUUA